AGCCCUCGGCCCACAGGGCCAUCCCACGGUGGCUGGUAGCGCUGGCGCUGGCGUUGGCGUUGGCGUUGGCGUUGGCGUUGGCGUUGGCGUUAGCGCUGCAGCCUGCACGUUCCAAACGUGGCUUCUUUGUAUUUGAUUCCUUCUGUAUUUUUUGUUUUGCCUUUUUUUUUCCCCCUUCCCCUGUUGCAGCCAUUAUCCCUUCCUAAAGGAUUCUUCUCCACAUUGUGGGGCACCCCCAGCUUUGGCCUUAUCUUCAAUUUUUUCUUUUCUUUUUUUUUUGGUGAAGGAUCGUGCUCCUUUGUACGCCAUUGAUUUCAACAGCAAUGAUGAAUGUUCGAUGAAUGAACCAACCCAAAUUAUGUCUCCUUUUCACAAAAAGAUAAAAUCAGCGAGGUGGAGUGAUAUUAAAGCUAAUAGUGACUGACAAACAAUAAUGCUCGUCCCAUUUACACAGUGUCUUAGAAGAUAAAAAGAGUAUUAUAUUGUUUCACUUAAAAGCAAAAGUGUUGUUUUUCAAUAUGCGAUGCUAGUUGUUCUCAGCAGGUUGGGCUCCAGACACAUUUUAGAGAGGUACAGUGACUUGGGUGAAUCAUUUGGUGAAGUUAAGCAAACCUCAGAGAUGGGUUUGUUCAGCUGCUGAGAUUCUUACCAGUUUGGGAUUCUGGGUUUCGGAGAAUCCUAAGUUUGGAGCUCUUUCUUGGUCUCUUACAGGUUGGGUAUUCCAAGUUAUGGGUAUUGCGCUAGUAGAAAAGUUCCUUUGCAGUGGGUUCUAGCUACGUUUGUAGAUUUCAGUGAUAGAUGUUAUUUUGAGGUUUGGUGUGACUUUGCAGAUCAAAACCCAGGUAAUGUUGAGCCUUGAUUAAUUUCUAAUUGCAGCGUCUUUUGUUUUUGGUUUUUUUGGUUUUUCCUGUGCUCCAUGCCAAAAAACUAUCAACUAGGGUUUUCUGUUCUUAUGGUUAUCAGCUUGUGAGAAAGAAGGGUUUUGAUAUCUGAGUUGGGUUUCUGUUUGGAUUGAAAGGAGAUAUUUGAAUCUGAGAGUGUGGGUUUCUUGUAUUGAGUAUCGUUUUGUGUUGAGGACAAAUUGGUUCUGAUGAUUGAAUGCAUAAUAGUUGCCAAGCUUUUAAAUCUGGGAAUUUGGACUCCAAGUUGAAAGCAGUGCUUUUUCCCUUUUGGAAUUUACAAAAAUUUAUGUAGAAUUGUGCCAGUUAAUGGAGAAACAGCGAAGCAGUUUUUGCUGAAAUUUGGUGAUAUUUCUGGGAUAUUCUACGCAUGAUCAUGGAGAAGCAGAACAGUUUUCGGACACCAACAAUGGAAAAACAGCAAAGUUUUCACGGGUCGAUGGAAAAACAGCAGAGUUUUCGUGGGAUGAUGGAAAAGCAGCAGAGUUUUCGCGGGGUGAUGGAGAAACAGAAGAGUUUUCGUGGGUUGUUGGAGAAGCAGAAGAGCAUUAGAAUAGCAAUGGAGAAGCAGCUAAGCUUCGGCCGAGAAAGGAAGAGAGGGAAGGAUUCUCCUGGUAAACGAGGUGACUCGCAACUUCAUCUAGCAGCUCGAGCGGGGAAUUUAGGAAAAGUUAAAGAGAUGCUUCAGAGUUGUGAUGCUAGUGUUUCAAAGGAUUUGCUAUCAAAGCAGAACCAGGAGGGGGAGACUGCUUUGUAUGUUGCGGCAGAGAAUGGACAUGCCCUUGUUGUCAGUGAGUUCUUAAGACAUUUAGACCUUGAAACUGCAUCUAUUCCAGCCAAGAAUGGUUAUGACUCAUUACAUAUUGCCACAAAACAGGGUCAUCUUGAGGUGCUGAAGGAACUUCUGCAUGCCUUCCCCAACUUGGCCAUGACCACAGAUUCAUCCAAUUCUACUGCCUUACACACUGCUGCCACUCAAGGCCAUAUUGAGGUAGUCAAUCUCCUUUUGGAAACUGACUCAAACCUUGCCAAGAUAGCCCGCAACAAUGGGAAGACUACUCUCCAUUCAGCAGCAAGGAUGGGGCACUUGGAAGUCGUGAAAUCCCUAUUAAACAAAGAUCCGACCACGGGUUUUAGGAAGGAUAAGAAAGGCCAGACGCCACUGCACAUGGCUGUGAAAGGGCAAAAUGUGGAGAUUGUGUUUGCAUUGCUCAAACCCGAUCGUGCAGUGUUGAGUUUGGAGGAUAACAAGGGAAAUAUGGCACUACAUAUUGCAACAAAGAAGGGUCGUACUCAGAUGGUGCGUUGUUUACUGUCAAUUGAGGGUAUUGACAUCAAUGCAAUUAAUAAAGCUAGAGAGAGCCCGCUUGACAUCGCAGAAAAUUCUCAAAAUCCAGAAAUUGUCUCCAUCUUAAGGGAAGCAGGGGCUGUCCAUUCCAAAGACUCCGGAAAACCUCCCAAUCCAGCAAAGCAACUCAAGCAGACUGUCAGUGACAUAAAGCAUGACGUGCGGUCCCAAAUCCAACAGACUCGUCAAACCCGGGCAAGGGUCCAAAAAAUUGCAAAGCGGCUAAAGAAGCUUCACAUCAGCGGCCUUAACAAUGCUAUAAACUCUGCAACCAUUGUCGCAGUUCUCAUUGCCACAGUGGCUUUUGCAGCCAUCUUCACUGUUCCUGGCCAGUAUGUUGAGCAGCAAACGAAUGGAUUUUCCAUUGGUGAAGCUCAUAUAGCAAAAAAAUCUGCUUUCCUCGUCUUCUUGGUGUCUGAUAGUGUGGCGUUAUUCAUUUCCCUGGCUGUUGUUGUAGUCCAGACAUCUGUGGUUGUGAUAGAGCAGAAAGCAAAGAAGCAGCUGAUGUUUGUGAUCAACAAGCUCAUGUGGCUGGCUUGUCUCUUCAUUUCAAUUGCCUUCAUUUCCAUCACUUAUGUGGUGGUGGGUUCACACGCUAGAUGGCUUGCUGUGUCUGCAACAGUUAUUGGUGGCACAAUCAUGCUCACUACUAUUGGCUCUAUGUGCUAUUGCGUGAUUCUGCAUAGGCUGGAGGAGUCAAAGUUGAGGAACAUAAAGAGAGGUGAGAGUCGGUCCAUUUCUUUAUCAAUGUCGAUGGUUUCGGAAACAGAGAUGGCAAACAAUGAGUAUAAGAGGAUUUAUGCACUCUAAGGUCAUAUGGAAUGUAACACUCAUAAGAGAAAUUGAGAAAAUAAGCUGCCGUAGUCUGUUAUUCUUCUGUCCUUGUUUUGUUAAAAUCAUUCUGUGGCUGCUCCCGCUCUCUUGGUACUGUGUUUGAUCAUAAGAAAGAGCCGAGGUGUUUGGCAACCUGGAAAAUAUGGAAGGACUGAUCCAUGGGUUUUGCAACUAUAGGGGAUUUGUAAACAGUAUCUAAGUUUUCUUUUCCUGCCAAUGCUGUAUGCAUUUAAUGUUGCAGUGACAUGUUUAUUCGAAUGCUGUGUUCCAGUUGUAGUAAUUGAGAUUGAUAUGGAAAAGCUGCAAAUUUAUAUGUAUGCAUAAACCCUUUUAUAAAGAGUAUAUAUGAGUGGGCAA